AUGAGCGAUUCCAACAAAAAGACAUGCAACGAUGCGAAGCAGCCAAUACUUGUCCUGGACUUGGUUAGAUUGGUCUUGGAACGCUUGAGCUUUGUAGAUUUUCAUCGAGCUAGAUGUGUUUCUUCAGUAUGGUAUUCCGCUUCGAAAUCAUGCAUUGGAGGAACAAAUCCAACAGCUCCAUGGAUCAUCCUCUUUCCAAACGAACAUGUGAAAACCAACAACGAUUCGUGUAAGUCAAUUGAUCCUCGUGAUCAUAGUUCAUACACAAUAAGAGAUCUCGGGUUUGAUAUGGUUAGGAGUCGUUGUUUGGCAAGUUCCGGUAGCUGGUUCCUUAUGUUAGACCAUAAAACUGAUUUUCAUCUCUUGAAUCUAUUUACUCGAGAGAGAAUUCCUCUUCCGUCUCUGGAAUCAAUUGAUGGAUUGCAGAUGAAGUUUGUGAGAACCGGUGACUGUGGUUUCGAGAUGUCUAUGUAUUACAAAGCUCAUGGACUUAUUUCUUAUGGUAAAAACAGCGAUCUUAGAAUAAGCGAUGCGGUUUUGUGGGUAGAUGAAAAAAACGGAGAUUACUUUGUUGUUUGGUUUCAUCAUAGCACUUUUGCAUAUCACAAGAAAGGAGGUGACAAUAAUAGCUGGAAAGUGUUUCAACCUUCAAAGCAUCAAGGAUGCAUCAACAUGGUGUUUAAAGAAGGCAAACUUUACGUGCUUAAUCCAGCUCGAAAUAUUUCUGUGUUUGAUUUCUCCGGUGGUCAUUCUCCAGUGGAAUAUGCAACUCCCCCAUCUCCGAAUGAUGAUUACUAUGUCAGGAAUCUUGCUGUGACAUUGUCUGGAGAAGUUUUGAUCAUUUCAAGCAAUCCAAAGAAAUGCUUCGUCAAACUCUACAAGAUAGAUCCUAAAUCAUCAGAAUGGAGAUUAAUCAAGUCUAUAGGAGACGAAGCAUUGAUUUUGGACCUAGGAAUCACGGUUGCAGCCAAAGAUGGAGUUAUGAGAAAUUGCAUAUAUUUUAGUCAUCAUGAGUUACUUAGAUAUAAAGGGGUUAGUCUAUGCAAUGAUGAUAAGUACGGGAUUUGCAUCUACCAUAUUAAAACCAAGAAGAAGGUCCAAGAGUUUGAACAUCUUACUACUUCAUCGCCAAUACUAUUUAAGGAUGCUCGUUGGUUUUUUCCCACUUUUGGUGGAAACUAG